GCGGGGUGGGGGGCGGCGUUGGGUAGUGCGCCACCGGCAGCGCUCGCCGACACGUGAGUCUCAUGUGACGGAGGGAGGCAGUCACUUAUAGAGCUCCAGACACAGACGUGCCUCCAGUCACAGGCGGCUUUAUUUAACACGUAGCCUAAUCCACCCACGCCGAAGCAUUUAUUCCAGCUCGCGGCUUCGCACAACAGCAGCCGACUUUCCCGGGGAUCUCGGUAGACGUCGCGCGCACAUAAAACAAGCGGAGCUUCAUCGGACUGGUACACUUGACUGCAGUGUCUUAUUCACUGUGAGACAAACCGAGGGCAUGGAAAGGAUUACCAGUGCGCAACCACCACCACCACCGCCUUGUCUGGUGAAACACGCGUCUCAGGACAGCUCGGACCUGGCGGGGAGCAGGAUGGAUUUUCCACACAUGUAUGUCUACAAACCAAGAAGAGGAAUCAAGCGCGGGGAAGACAGCAAGGAAACCUACAAGCUGCCCCACAGACUGAUCGAGAAGAAGCGACGCGACAGGAUCAACGAGUGCAUCGCGCAGCUCAAAGAUCUUCUACCGGAGCAUCUGAAGCUUACGACGCUGGGUCACUUGGAGAAGGCUGUCGUCCUGGAAUUGACACUAAAGCACGUGAAAGCGCUGACGACUCUCCUGGAGCAGCAGCAGCAGAAGAUCGUGGCGUUGCAAAGCGGCAUGCAAGUCGGGGAGCAGACAAUGCCACUUCACGACAGCAGUGAGGAGAUGUUCCGUUCUGGCUUCCACUUGUGUGCAAGGGAGGUUCUGCAUUUCCUGACAAAGCAAGAGGAUGGCCAGCAAGUCACACCUUCCCACAUGAUCAGCCACCUCCAGAAAGUUGCUGCUGAAAUCUUGCCCGAGACCCAGGGAUUGCGGAUGGAGCGUGACAGUCAGAAAAGCCAGGAUGCAAAAGACAAAUCUUCUCCUCCCCAACCGAUGAGUUUUGAAGGACAUGGCAAAAACUGUGUUCCAGUCAUUCAGAGGACUUACGUGCAGGCUGGCAGUGAGCAGAGUGGCAGUGAUACAGAUACUGAUAGUGGGUAUGGGGGUGAACUGGAAAAACUUGAGACUAAGGCUGACCGUCACUACUGCAGCAAAGAAGAUGAACUCAAAUACUCAUUCAGUGACCGGAUAACCACAAUCAAACAAGAGACUGAUGACCCACCAGCUAAAAGGGCAAGGGCAGGGUCAACAGAGGAUAAUGCUCUUUCUAAUAAAGAGUUGUUGGGUAUUCACAGUAAUUUAUUGGGAUUUUCUUCACAUCAGCCCCCUUUGUGUCUGCCUUUUUAUUUAAUCCCUCCUUCUGCGGCAGCAUAUUUGCCAAUACUUGAGAAAUGUUGGUAUCCUGCCUCAAUGCCAGUUCUCUAUCCUGGACUCUCCAAUGUGUCAUCAACACUUUCAAGCGUUAUGAACCCAGAGAAGCACCCCCCAUCUCUUCUUGUAUCUCCAGGCGUGGGCUCACCGCACACAUCACAGUCCUCUCUGGACUCUCCAGCACUGCGUCAAGCUUUAAAGCAAACUUCACCUUUGAACUUAGAAACCAAAGACUGAGAAGCUUUUACAUGUAACACUAUGAAAUGAAUGUUGCCACUGUCUAUAAAUAGGAGUGCCUGUUUGUCUGGGAGUCAUUUAAGCUGGCAAAGCACUGGACUAGGCGCAUGGUCAAUGCUUACUGCGGCCAGUUAAAAAGUGAUGGGCAUGUGUAUUCCAGCUAAGUGGCCCUUGCAUCUUUAUGACUUAAACAAAGAAAAUAAUGAGGCUGCCCAACAAAAACAUUGGGGAUGGGGUUGCAGACAUCUCAUGCUGUGAACGGUGAAAGAGAAAUUGUCAAAGAAUGGCACAACUACAGAAUCAUUGUUUGUGUGUGUAUGUGUGUGUGGCCCUCCUUGAGGAACUAAAUAUUGGGUGUUUUUAAUUAAACAAUUGCCACCCCCUUACCCCAGAUUGUCAGGGCAACUAAGAAUAUUUACCUACCUUUUGCACUUACACCUUUGUUGAAUGUAAGAAUCCUGUAGAUGCUGCUUUCAGCUUGACUGCUAUAAAUUGGAGAAUGGAACAGACUUUUUAGCUGUCUUGUACGAUUUUGCUGAAGUAUCUGUACUGCCCCAGACGUUAACACCAAAAAACUCUUGUACUGUUUUAUUUUACUGUUUUGUUGCGUGUCAGAAGAAAACACAAAAAGGGUUGGAUUGGCAGUGACUAUAUUGUGACCUGACUGUGAUAGGAAACUGGUGCGCGCAAUGCUGAUGAUCAUGCCUGCUAAUCUGAAUGCCCAGACUGAUAAAGACUGUUUAAGUAGCAAACUUCCGAAUUCAUUUUGUUAAUGUAUAAUAUUAUCACCACAUGCGUUCUGAGAGACUCAGUUCCACCAAUUCUGAGGUUACAGGCCUUGAGAAGUGUACGAUGUUGUAGAGGCUCUGUGAAAGGUUUCUUUCGCCCUUGGAACUGUAUUUUGGGGUGGCCAUCAGACUGCUAGGUUACUGGCAAUGGUGUCUGACCAUUUAAGACACCAGUGCAUUCAUUUUUUUUUUGGUUUCUGUUAUAUAUCAUGUUGCCUUUUAUUUGUAAAAUAUAUAUCAAAAGCCUGUCCAGUUUCUUUGUGUAAAUAUUUGAGUGUAAAGCGAGAGAUGAAUGUAUCAUUUUAAAACAGUUUAGUUUUGUAUGUGGGAGCGGUACUUGGGAUUUUUAUUGCAGAAACAGAAGAAGGUUGUUUUAUGUAUAUAUUUUGUCUAUAAUUAAAUGUUGAAAUAUAUAUAUAUAAUAUUAAUAAAAUAAUUAUUUUUCUUGUGCAA